AUGACACUACCAAGCAGUUGGAACAGGAACAUAUGCACCGUGUAUGGGCUAAACUUUCCAAAGCCCAGUUGUGAUAUUUCACACAAAGUUGUGGAGAAGAAUAAGGGCGAAGAUCCUGUGGGACUUCCAGAUCAAAGCAGGCUGGCAGGUCCUGGCCAAUCAACCAGACGAAGAGGUCAUAGAGAAGAAGACGGGGUGGUGAUAGAUGAAGCCACGUCAAAUGACAGCAACAUCAGGAAGAAGGAGGAUGGGAAGCUGGAGAAGUUCCAGGGACUAAAGGAGGAACUGGAGAGGAUGUGGAAAGUCAAGGCCAAAAUGGUUAUAAAGCAGGGAAGAGUCAUACCCAAGAACUUCCAGCAGGUCCUGGCCUUGAUGUUUGCCGUUAAACAAAUCAACAAGGAUCUGGUUCUUCUUCCCAACAUCACCCUUGGCUUCCACAUCUAUGAAAAUCACCAGACGGAGAGGAAUAGUUCUUUAUUCAGCCUCUUCUUGCUCUCCACACGAGGUCAAAUGGUUCCAGGUUAUAAAUGUGACCAGGAGGACCUUCUGCUCUCUGUCAUUGGAGGUGACAAUGCCAAAUCCUCAAGGCUGAUGGCCUCCAUCUUCAGCAUCUUGAAGGUCCCCCAGUGGAACUGGGUUGGGCUGGUGGCCUCUGAAGAUGACAAUGGAGAACGUUUCAUCUCAUCUCUGAUGCCAAUGCUGAAGGAGAAGGAGAUCUGUUUGGCCUUCACUGAAAUGAUGAGAUCUGAUUUUUAUGCUCUGCCAGGGAAGAAAUUGCUUCAUAUUUUCAACAUUUGGUCUAAAGGUGAAGUGAUUAUUGUGUUUGGAGACACCAGCACUUUUGCAAAUGUACAAGUGGUUGUGUUGGCUUAUGAAGCCCGGAGAAAUACAUCAUUUCUGAAAGUCUGGAUCUUUACAUCCAGUUGGAAACUUAAUGUGAUGAACUCUGAAUACAUAUUGCUUGUUAUAAAGCCCUUCCAUGGGGCUUUGCACUUUAAGGACCACACCGGGGAUAUCUCAGAAUUCAGCCGUUUCCUCAUGUCUUUAGACCCUUUGAACCCACGAGGGGAUGUUUUCCUCCCAAUAUGGUGGGAAAAGGUCUUUCGCUGCAGGAUCCACAAACCAGGCGACAACCCUCCAAAGGGGGAAAAACCAUGUACAGGAAAGGAGAAUUUACAGAAUCUGCCUUCUUACAUUUUUGAAACAAGCAUGACAGGAGAAAGUUACAAUAUCUACAAUGCCAUUUAUGCUGUGGCACACGCAUUACAUGCCAUGCAUGGAUCCAGAGGGCGACCAGCCAUGCUAAGACUUGGAAAGAGGAUCUCAAAUGUCCAGUCGUGGCAGCUUCUUCCCUAUUUGGGGAAAGUCCAGUUCAACAACAGUGCUGGAGAUGAAAUCUCCUUCUCAGAAAAUGGACUUGGAUCUGGUCGCUAUGAUCUUCUCAACUGGGUUCUCUUCCCCAAUUUAUCUUUUGACCCUGUGAAAGUUGGACAAAUAGAUCUUGGGGCUCCCCCAGGCCAGGAUUUCACCCUCAAUUCUGAUGCAAUUGUCUGGGCAAGAAAGACUUUCUACUCCUUCUCUUUACAACCCAUUGGGAAAUCCAGCUGCCAAUUUCUUCAGGAAGGAGAGGAGUGUGAGGUUCAAGGUUUAAUGUUCAUUAUUUCAGAUGCACCUCACUGUGAUCCCUGCUCAGAAGACCAAUAUCCCAACAAGGAUAAGGACCAGUGCAUUGCCAAGAAGAUCCACUUCCUUGCCUAUCAAGACCCCCUGGGAUAUGCUUUAGCUUUGCUCACACUUUCUCUCUCCACCAUCACAUUGGGAGUGCUGGAAAUCUUCCUUAAACAUCGUGACACACCAAUUGUCAAGGCCAACAACCGAGAUCUCACCUACAUCCUCCUGGUCUCCCUCCUGCUCUGCUUCCUCUGCUCCUUCCUCUUCAUUGGUCGACCUGGGAAGCUCACCUGUCUCUUCCGACAAACUGCCUUUGCCAUCCUCUUUUCCCUUGCGGUUUCUUCUGUCUUGGCAAAAACUGUCAUGGUGGUUCUGGCCUUCAUGGCUACCAAACCUGGAAAUAGGACUAAGAAACUCUUAGGAAAAUCUCUGACCAACUCCAUUGUCUUAGCCUGUCCCCUGGUCCAAGCACUUCUUUGUGCCACCUGGCUGGCAACCUCUCCCCCAUUUCUCAACAUGGACUUCCACUCCUUGGUAGGAGAGGCCAUCUUGGAAUGUAACGAAGGCUCAACUUCAAUGUUUUACACUGUCCUCGCCUAUCUGAGUUUUCUGGCCUUUGUCAGUUUUAUCACGGCCUUUCUAGCUAGGAAAUUGCCUGACAGCUUUAAUGAAGCCAAGUUCAUUACUUUUAGCAUGCUGAUCUUUUGCAGUGUUUGGAUCAGCUUCCUCCCCACCUACCUGAGCACCAAAGGGAAGUCCAUGGUGGCCGUGGAAAUCUUCUCCAUCUUGGCCUCUGGGGCUGGUCUCUUGGCUUGCAUCUUUUUCCCCAAAUGCUACAUUAUCCUAUUCAGGCCGGAUCUGAAUCAGAGAGAAAAUAUAAUGAGGCACAAGAAUCUCCGAAAGAAGAGAAGGGCUUGUUCAACCUUCUCAAACCCAGAUGUGAUAAUUCCACACAAAGCUUUGAAGAAUAACAGGGCUGAGAUCCUUUGGGACUUGCAAAUCCAAGCAGACAGGCAGGCCUUGGCCAAUCAACCAGACACAGAGAUCAUAGAGAAGAAGACAUGGGUGGUGAUAGAUGUAGCCAUGCCAAAAGACAGCAACAUCAAGAAGAAGGAGAAUGGGACGCUGGAGAAGGACCAGGCCUUGAAGGAGGAACUAGAGAAAAUAUGA